AAAGAAAACACACCUGAAGAAGAAGCAAGCACGAAAGGGGUCUCUCUCUCUCUCUCUGGAGCUCUCUCGCGCGUCCUCGCUCUCACCCAAACCAUGAGCCUCUUCGGUUUAGGCAGAAACCAGAGAACAUUCCGCCCCAAAAAGAGCACUCCGUCAGGAAGUAAGGGUGCUCAGCUGAGGAAACAUAUUGAUGCCACAUUGGGCAGUGGAAAUCUGAGGGAAGCAGUGAAGCUACCUCCUGGGGAGGAUCUGAAUGAAUGGCUGGCUGUCAACACUGUUGAUUUCUUCAACCAGGUGAAUCUGCUUUAUGGUACCCUCACAGAGUUCUGUACUGCUGAGAAUUGUCGGACAAUGUCUGCGGGACCCAAGUAUGAGUAUCGAUGGGCUGAUGGUGUACAAAUUAAGAGACCCAUUGAGGUCACUGCUCCAAAAUAUGUUGAAUAUCUCAUGGACUGGAUUGAAACUCAGCUUGAUGAUGAAUCCAUAUUCCCACAGAAGCUUGGUUCACCAUUUCCUCCCAACUUUAACGAAGUCGUGAAGACAAUCUUCAAGCGGUUGUUCCGCGUGUAUGCUCACAUAUAUCAUUCUCACUUUCAGAAAAUUGUGAGCCUCAAAGAGGAGGCUCACCUCAACACAUGCUUCAAGCAUUUUAUACUCUUUACCUGUGAGUUUGGGUUGAUUGAAAAAAAGGAGCUGGCUCCCCUUCAAGAGCUUAUAGAAACAAUUAUCGUCCCAUAUUAGAUAUAUGAACUGGGACCUUCCUUACUGUGAAAAAUCUUAUCCUAGAAAACAUGACUCAAUAGACUUAUAUUUAGGAUUUGAUUUCGGAUAUUGUUCUUGUAUUUGCUGAAUUGCUGUGUUAGACUUGGAUGUGUUUGGGAAAAGGAUCAAAGUUAAACUCCUUCAUAGCUCGCGCAAAAUAUUUUAUGCUAUGGGACACCGUAGAUCCCAAUGUUAAUUGUGACUCUUGCGACUUGCAUGCCAAGUGAUGACAUUACUUCAUGUUUGGCGCUUUUGUAUGAGCUUUAGAGGUUGUUUGCAGGAAUAAUUUUCAUUGCUAAUAAUCAGGUAAUAAUUAUGUAUA